AUGAGAGCUGAAUCCAGUGAACAGACUGAUGAUGCAGUUUUCAUUGGAAACAAAUUAUCUGAGAAGGAACAGGAACUGUUUGAGGAAAAGCUAAAGGAGUUUAAGAGGACCAACACAAACACUAAAACAUUUUAUGGCUUCAUGAUUCUGAAGAAUAACUUUUCACCUAAGUAUAUUCAGGGUAUUGUGAAAAAUACCCUGAAGGGUUUUAACUUUCAAGACAAAAAUGCUCAACUUUUUGCUGUUCUUGUCCUUUUGCAUGUCUACUGCAAGAAUGCAUUGCUGUCAGUCUCUACAUGUGAAGAGUUCCUUGGUCUGCAAACAAAACCAUAUUUUGAACCCUCCAAGGUCGAAGAUGGAUUUGAGCGGUUUUCCAAUCUUUUGACAAGAUGCACAGUCAAUUCGAAAGUAAGCUUUGAGGGUGUGAUGGUGAUUCACUACAGCAUAGCUCAACACUGUUUGAAAGAACUUUCAAUUUUUUCUUCCAAAGUGACAAAGGCAGAAAUCACUAACCUUCUGCUCACAACAGACUCAUUUUAUGAGUAUGCUCUGGGAAAACAAAAAUUAAUGCAGGAUGUUCACAACAUGCUGGUGAGGAGGCAGUUGGCUGAGGCUAAAGGCUCACUUUUUUCUCCUCUCAUCCAAGAUAUAAUGAAAGAGACCCCAGGGAAGGAAGAACUUAUUCUACAGAAUGCAGCAAAGUGCUACAGGAAAGAUGCAGUAAUAUUCCAGCUCCUCGCCAGGUACUAUUACAUCAAAAAAUCAGACUUUACCACAGCCAUGAAUUGGGCAAGGAAGGCCAAAGGUCUUUCAAAAGACAACUCAUACAUAUGUGAUACAGUGUCACAGGUACUUGUACGUGAGCUCAAGAAUGAGGUUCACAAAGACAAAGAUGAUCCCAUCAAGCCAGACAGUCUUGAAAAGUACCUUACAUUGGCUAAGUCUGCAGGAGAAGCUUGCAAAGAAACACAACAAACUGCAAACAAAGAGGCAAUGACUCGAUCGCAAAGACAAAAGGAUUAUAAUACCUACAACACCGCUGGCCAUCUUGGUGAACUUCAAACUGCAGCUAUUAUCAUACAAAUUCUGCAAAAGACACCACUGUUUAACUGCCUUGGUGAAGUGCUAUCAGGUAAAAUUACCUUUGAAGAUCUGCCAAUGAUGAAUGAUGAACUCAAGCAAUAUUCCUAA